GAGCGCUGGUGUUGGUGUUGUGGGGAGGGAGCAGCGGGGUGAAUUUAUAAGAGAGCGAGAGCAGAGAGCGGGAGAGGGUGGGGGAGAGAGAACAUGAGCAGAAGGUGUUGUCGGAUCGAGAGAGGGAGCUUAGAGCUCUUGAGCAGCCUGAUCGACGUGUUGGCCGUCGUACGCAUCCACAUUCGCAGCCUCCGACUCAGGUGCACUCGCGGAUGCCGUCUCCCAUGGUAGAAGAGAGGGAGAGAGCGAUGAUAGAACGCGAACGUGAGCGCGAGCGCGAGCACUUUGAGCGUGAGAGGAUGGAAAGAGAGAGGAUGGAGAGGGAGCACCUUGAACGUGAGUACAUGGAACGAGAACGUGAGCGGGGGAUGAGUAUGAGUAUCGUCGAGCGGGAGAGGAUGGAGCGCGAACAUCUCGAACAUAUGGAACGACAGCAGCAUCACGACGCCCUUGAGCGUGAGCGCUUUGAUGCUCGCGAACGCGAACGCGAACACGACCUCAUUUCGCGCGAACAUAUCGAAGCUCGUGAGCGUGCGGAGCGCUUGAACAUUGAGGCAAUGGAGCGUGAACGCGCUGAACGCGAAGCCCUCGAACGCCUUCCCACCCUGCAGGAGCUUGCGCUGCUUCUUCAAUCCCGCACUGAGCGCCAGCAUAUUAACCUUGGCUCCUGGGUGCUCCCUGCAUUGCCGUUCCCCUGGUUUUUUGGAGACCACAUGCCCUGCAUGAAGCAGGGAGGUGCACAGGAGAUUGGAAAAGAUGGCUUGGUUGUCCCUCCGGAAGUACGCCUCACCGUCCUCAUUCCGACCUCCUUCCUCCCUGUCUCGAGGCCACACAAGCUGCGGUUAUGGGGUGGAGGAUUAUUGCCCCCUCCGCCGAUACAGUUCUGGCCGGUACAUACAAACUUGAGCAAUGCAGCAGCAAACGGUUCUGGCCCAUCUGGAUCAAGUGCUACGCCCAACCCCUCUGGAUCUGUCGCAAGGACCACACCAAACCCUGCACUACCUACCUACCAUCCAAUGCAUGCCCCCCGCCGACGGGUCUACACCGACGACUCAAACGUUCUCGCAUGUGCAGUGCACGCUGGUCUUCUAACAUGGAGUGCUGUCUCCCGCGCAAAACAAGACGGCAAAGACAUCAAAAUCGUGCUCGGAGUCGUGCCUACCGUAUCAAGCUAUGGUGGCAGCACCAGGAGCGACGCAAAGCACGUAGAUCCUUCUGUCGUUCCAGCUAUCGGACUAGCCGAUGGCACACCCUCAAACGGUGUCACACCCGCCAUAUCAGCCUCAAACGGAAUCACGCCUAGCACCUCACAGUCUUCUGCUUCGCAGCCUACUGUAUCAUCUCAUGGUUCUGGGAGCAAUGGUGUUAGUGGUGUUGCUGGAGCUACAGCGCUUGAUGGGAUGGGCUAUACCGGUGGUGUUUGGGCGAGUCGGUUUGUGGGGGGAUGGGGGGAAGCGUUUUAUGGACAUCCGAGUGCGGGGUAUGGUGCUGCAGCUGGGGAUGCGAGACAGAGGAGCUUUGAAGAGGAGGCAGAGGAUGAUGGGAGGGGGGUUGUUAGUGCUGGUUGGGGAUGGGGGCAUGAUGGGAGUGCGAUUGAGGUUGUGCAUGUUGAGGUUGUUGAGAAGGGCUCUGCGCGAGGUCCUGGGCUUGGGCGACGCAACAGGUCACAAAGGUUACAAGAAUAUGCGUUGCGUCGUGCAGAUUUGGCCCUUUCUCCUGCCUCGUCACCACGCACACAUUUGUUCGCUGACGUCACGAACGGCCGCAAGCGACGCCGGGUUGACUUUGACAAUAUCACUGUGAAUGGGAAAAUCAACACAGACCCCGAGAAUCUAGAGGAGCUCCAGAAGAUGCAUGCGCGGACGUUGGUGUUCGGUGGCUCGGGGAUGGGUGCUGGUUUCAAAUAUACUCCAGUCCUCCUUGCAUGCGCGCUCUUCCCGCAUCUCGCAGAUCCUGCUGUACGCGCAUCUUUGCCUCGAAAGCGGCGGAAGGUCGCGCACGCUCAGGCAGGGGCAGGAGACGUGCGAAUGGACACAGACGGUGUCGGGGAAGAGACUGGGGACGAAAGACAUGCGGUGGUUCUCGAGAGCGACAGCGAGACGUACCUUGUUGCUCCUGGGCCUAGCCCGAGUGAAGGGUUCGUGCUGUCUGUCCUCCUGUCUACACCUUUUACAGACGAGAAGAUCAUGGACGUUGUUGAGGAACCUGCGAACGAUAAGAACACAGUGACAACAGCGCCUGUGACACCCUCCCACUUCGAGUGCUGGUGAAAACCCAACCAGUACCUCCGAUACGCCGAAAGAUGACCAAAAAACGCCGGUCCCUGAUCCACCUCCACCUCAGCCUAUAUCCGCUUCGCCGCGUUUGGACAAGACAGUGCCUCAGAGCAGUCAUACGAAGGUCGUCAGAAGCAACCUCCAAGAUACGGAUUUCAAGUUUGAGGAGGAUGGUGUCGUUGUGGG